AUGUUGGCCGACCGAGCCAACCCUGAGGGAGAGCCCACUUCACCUCCGGAGCCGAGCUUCACCUCAGGGACGGAGCGCCGCCGCAACACCGAAACGCAGCCCCCACGGCCUAGUUUCGCGGUAAGCCAGUCUGACGCCAAUGAGGACGCCCCCUUCACGGUGAAAGGGUCUACGCUUAUGCCUACAUCUUCUGCUACAGCCGCAGACGGUCCCGUAGCAGGGUUUGUCAUCUCAGCUCUCAACGAGGAAGCCAGGUAG